AUGAUGAUUAGUUACCUGGUGUUUGGCAUUCUCUUCCUUAUUCAGAUUGGAAUUGGGAUUGUUGGAAAUUUCUUCCUUUUGGGCCUAUACACCUUCACUUUACCCAUUGGACACCGGUUAAGGCCCAUUGACUGCAUUUUCGCCCACUUAGCCUUUGCCAACUCAAAAAUGUUACUCUCCAAGGGAAUCCCUCAAAUGAUUGCCUGUUUGGGCUCCAAAAAUUUCUUGGAUCCCAUUGGGUGUAAAUUUUUUGUUUAUCUUUAUGUUGUGGCCCGGAGUGUUUCUCUUAGCAUGACCUGUCUCUUGAGUGGUUUUCAGGUCAUCAUUAUCAGUCCCAGUAAGUCAAGGUGGGCAGGACUCAAAUUCCAAGCCCCAAAGUGCAUUGUCCCCUCCUGCUUCCUCUGCUGGUGCUUCUACCUGCUGAUAAAUUUAAUUUUGCUUGGUACUAUGCACAACUCAAGGUAUCUGACAAAUAAUACAAAGAUAUGGCAUCUGGGAUAUUGUUCAAUUUCAACUCCUGCCUCUUUUAAUGCUGCAUUUUUUGCAAUUGUCUUUUCUAUGCCUGAUUUUAUGUGUGUGGGAUUCAUGAUCUGUUCCAGUGCCUAUUUAGUGAUUCUCCUACACAGACACCAUCAGCAAGUGAAACAUAUUCAUAGUCCUCAUCUCUCUCCCAGAAUUUUCCCUGAGAAAAGAGCCACUCAGGUUGUUCUCCUACUAGUGACCACAUAUGUCUCCAUUUAUUCCAUUAACUCUAGCUUAUCAUUCUAUCUCUUUAAAAUUGACAAACAUCAGCCCUGGUUUGUGGCCACCUUAGACCUCCUAGCAGUAUGGUUCCCAGCCAUCAGCCCUUUUGUGCUGAUCUUCUCUGACUCCCAAGUCCUCAAACAUUGGUAUGCUCUGUGGCAUAGGAAACAAUGUCUCCUUUGCCACAGUGUCCUCAACCAUACCCAUUCCCAGCAUUCUCCCCUAACGCUAUGA